AUGGCUGCGCCACUCCGUGCCGGAGUGUGGCUUUGCCGCCAACCUUCGCGAGUCGUCGCCGCAGUGCCGGGAGACCCUGGGCGCCAUCGUUUUAUGGUAGGCACCUGCGAUCUCCAAGACAAGAAUGGGAUCCACGUCGUAGAGUUUUCUGAGGAGACAGCGGAAGUCUCCUGCAAGCAGUCCUUCGAAAUCGAGGACGAGGUGUGGCUCAUCAGCCCAUCGCCUUCAGACUCUCAGACGGUCCUGACGUCCGGCUUGUGCCACUCCGGCGGCAAGAGCAGCCCGAGCCUUCGGCUGAUCCGCACAGACGGCUCCCAGGUCUCCCAGCAGCCCCUGGCCCUGAGUGACGAGGACAACCCCUUGAGUGCCGUCAAGACUGCGCUCUGGGAUCCCCAUCAAGAGGGCUGCAUCGUCGUGGCAGAUGCCGAGGCAGUCCAGACCUUCAACAUUGGCGCUGGGAAGCUCUCUCGCCAAGUGACUUUGCAUGUUGGGCAGAGGUGCAUGGGAGCUUGUCUGGAUCCUCACCACCGGCAGCAACUGAGCACGGUGGAUGACGGACACUUGAAGACGUGGGACCUGCGAACGAGCCGGCUGGCUUUCCGAAAGGACGGUGUUCACCUGUUUGGCGCCAAAGAUGUGGACUACAACCCCAAUGUGCCAUAUCAGGUCCUCACCACCGGGGAGGAUGCGUGCCUACGCUUCUGGGAUCUCAGGCAACUGUCCACGUGCUUGCGCAGCUUAUCCGGUGGCCAUCACCACUGGGUCGUCAAGGCGCGCUUCAAUGCCCACCACGACCAGUUGGUGCUCUCCUGCGGCACUGACUCCAUGCUUUGUCUCUGGCGGGCGACCUCUGUGGCUUCAGCUCCGCUGGGAGGCAAGCGAGGGGAGGAGGCCGCGCGUGCCUCCGACGGGCUGGUCCGGAAGUAUGAGGAGCACGAGGACUCAUGUUACAGUUGCUGCUGGAGCGCUUCAGAUGCUUGGGUCUUCGCCUCUGUGUCGUUCGACGGGAAGCUGGUUGUCAAUCGGGUCCCGGACGAGGAGAAGUACCGGAUCCUGAUGUGA